AUGGCCAAGGUCAGCGCCUUCUGCAUGUUAGGCCUCAUCCUCCUCUUUGGGCUAACGUGCGCCGCUCGGUCGGGGCCGGCAUCUGGCUACGCCGGUCCGGUAAAAAAGCAGCACGGCGGGGACGUUGAGGUUGAUGGGGAGAGCUGCGAAGGAAUGGGAGAAGAAGAGUGCUUGAUGAGAAGAACGCUGGCAGCUCACGUCGAUUACAUAUACACCCAGAAGCACAACCCAUGA